ACCUUCAAUGUGACGAAAAUGACGAGCAUACUAUCCAACAUCUUAUUGACUGUCUUCAAGUUGAAGAACCGAUGUCAGCUAAUGAAUACAUCGAAAUAGAUAAUCAUUUACGUGGAGAAACCGAGAGAAUACCAACUGACGUUAUAGAAAUUGUCACAGGCAUGAAUACCAGAACCGUGUGA